AGAAGACUGAAACGUCCCACCGCCCCGGCCAAAUAACGCGGAGCUUUUUCGCUGUCUUUUUUCCCCCUUCGUUUUCUUCUCUUUCUUUUUUUCUUCUGUUCCUCUCCCCAUCCCCGCCUGAUGAACACGGCCAGCAGGUCGUGGAAAAGAGAAUCGCAUAUCCCAAACAGUUUUUUUUAUAUAUUUCUUUUUUAAAAGAAGCUGUGUGCGUGGGUGAUCAGUCAUUCAUUUAGUUUCUAUUUUGUGUUUGUUGAUUUCUUUUUUAUUGAAUUAUUCUUGCCCACGGUCACUUAUGAUAUUUAUUCAUUUUUCUCUUCGUUCUCGUAAUCCCUAAUGCUCCUCCUCUUCCAAUAAGUAUCUAGUCCCGUUUGUCUUCGUACGACGUGUCAUUUGGUAUUGAUAUUUUUCUUACAAUUUUUCCCUGUUUUUUGUUAUUUAUUUAUUUCCACCUCCAUUUUGCCCGCGGGUGUGAGUGGAGAGAGUUGUCAGCGAGUUUCUGCCCAGUGUUGUACCCACGCCAAAACAAGCAAAACAAACGCGUUACUACAUUGCCUAGCCCACCGCCCCGUCAACAAAUCACCUCGCCCACGCCAACUCAGGACGCCACCAUCCGGCCCUCUUCGCAAUCCCAUCGACGCAGAACGCUGCUCGGUGCAUCCGACUGCUCUCCACCUUUGUCAGACAUCGCAGUCCCAGCGUCAGGAAUAGGGUCCUACUUUGGGUACAAUACAGGGCUCAGCAGGGUCAGGGGUAACCAACCGCCUAUCUCUCUCGUUUUAUCUCCCACCCCUUCUUCAACCCCACGUCAAUUGUGCUGCUCUGUGGUCUAUCAUCGCGGGAGGAGAGCUUGCUUCGUCUCCCACGUAAGCGGUGAUAGCGAGAUGUGGUUGCACGUCUAAACGACCAGAGAAUCGAAAAUCGAAAGCGAACGAAACCACGGGGAAGCAGAGAAGCGACAACUUUGGAACCAUAUCUAUUCAUAAAACUGGUUGUAGCGUGGUUUCUCUUUGAUUUUAACCUCCGCCAUCUGAUGAGGGGCCCGUAGGCCACGUUUGCCAACCAACAGUAGCAACCUCUGUCACCGUCACCCGUCCGGGUGCAGCAGAUCCUCUCUCCUCCAUGGAUGACCCGUUCGUCUCCAACUCCGGUUCAACCGGAGUGUUUGCCCAGCAACAGCAACGCGAAUCGCACCGAUAUUCCUCUUUUGGCUCACAGCUCUUUACGCUCAAUGCAUCCUCACCGUCACAGGUGAAGCGUGCGCUCGAAGCCCAUCUGGCAGAGACCGAACGCAGGUUGGAGGAUGCUUCGAAACUAGGCACUGCGCUGGUGCAGCAGCAGAGGGAACUUUCGGACAAAUUGAAGGAGAUUGAACAUCGGCAGGAUGAGGGCGAAAUCGGACCAGAGUUGCGGAGGAAGCUGGCGGAGUUAGAGAGGGAAUAUAAUGAUAUUGGUCGGGAGGCUGCUCGUGCAUCAUUAGGCCCUAAGCCUCGGCUUGUUGCUACUGAUGAGGAUGGGCAGACCACCCCUUCAUUUGAUGGUCGGCAUCCUGCCAGCCCCGCCGUACUCUCCAGCCAGGCCACUAGCUCGCCUACAAAGAUUACUGUGCCGUCCAGAAGACAGCGGAAUCAACAAUCCAGUCGAGUCCACGACAUCGAAUUUGCGACGGAGAUUAGUACAUCUUUGCUCGCCCAAGUCCGCCAAUUGCAGGGGCUUCUUGUAGAGCGGGAGGAAACUAUAAAGUCCAUCAAUCUAGAGAAGUCCAGGCUUGAACUAGAAGCAGAAGCUUAUACACAGCGCCUGCGCGCUCUUGAUGAUAACGAACAGCGUUACAAGGAUGAGAAUUGGAGGCUCGAAACGCAGACACAGGAACUGCUUGCCGCCGCUAAGGAAGCUGCUGUGAGGGAGGAAAAGUUGCGAGCAAGUUUGAAUGCCGCCAAUGUAGAGAAAACCAAAACGCAACGAAAGUUCGAUGAGUUGAAGCAAGUCAACGAGAAGCUUAUUGAGGAUAAUACGGCUACACAGAAGAGCUACGAUUCUGAGCUUCAUAUUCUUCGGAGGAAUGUGCAUGUUGGAGAUACAGAACGGAACUCUCUUCAGCAGAAAGUCGAAGAACUCACUAACCAAAACCAAGAGCUAGCCAAGGCUGUCGCUGCCAAACUUCGACAGCAUGAGGCAGAGGGCGCCAGGGUCGUAGCUCCAGCGGGUAAGGAUGAUGAAUCGGACGGUACCACUCCAGAAAAUUCACCCCCUCCGUCUCCAAAUAAGGCUACUCCGCGACAUGGACAUUUGGAAUCUGAGACGCUGAAAAGCUCUCUACACCACGCUCACCGCAUGAUCCAGAAUCUGAAGAGCAAUAUCCAUCGUGAAAAGACUGAAAAGAUUGAACUCAAGCGCAUGCUCCAGGAGGCCCGAGAUGAGAUUGAACAGCGACGUGUGGAGACGGCUGCUCCGUCCAGCGCCAACAAACGCCAGAAGGGGAGACAAGAUGUAUUCAAAAAGCCUCCCCGGCCAGAAAUGCUUGGUGCCAGGCGCGGCUUUGCCGAAAUUGAAAUCGAAGAACCUGAUUGGGAGGACCAUACCGUUGAAGCAAGUCCCACGAGGAAACCGAAACCGCAAGGCAGAUUCAACCCGUUCCCAUCAUCUGGCCACUCUCGCACUCAAUCCGCCGAUACAAGUGACGCUUACCAAACCGCUAACGAAACGGAGGACGCCUUCGAGACUGCCAAUGAGCGGGAAAACGCCACUGAGAGCGAUGCCUUCCAGACCGUUGCUGAAAGCUUGGUUGGAGAUACAACUGAAGAGGAGCUGACCGAAACCGAAAGCCGUUCAGGGCCUGCGACAACCGUCAGGAGUAAGAAGCCUCUGAGGCUAACCACCGCGAGGCCUGGCGAUCGAACAUCUUUCAUGAGCACAGCAUCGACAUCAGACGACGAAUUUGACGACAAUGAUUCGCGUACACCCGUUAGGAUGCAACCUCAACGCUACAGACUAAAGAUGCAACGUGGUCGCCGUGGGCGAGCUUCUGGAGAUGUUGACAUGGCACCCGAGAGUGGCAGCCUGAGCACGAGAAAUUCUCCCGCUACUAGUUUCUCGCAAGGACACCCUCCAAUCAUACCAUCUGGACAGAGUCUUUUUGCGGAACUGGAAGAACUUAAUGGACCGGACAGCGGUAGCGACUUCGGAACGCCUCGUCGUUCAACUACAGUAUCUCAGACCUCGACACCAAAUAUUUCUCGAUUCAUCGACCAACGACGCCCGUCUGAGGUACCUAGCAUAUACUCUGUAACCAGGGUAAUGGUAGAUUCUGGAAUGAUGACAGAACCGUGGGAAGCUGCUCAACCGGCGCACGAUGUCGUCGUUCCCUCAACGCCCACAGAACCAGAGGCUGUCCACUCCGAUUCGAUCAUCGCUGCUGAGCCACAGGGUCCAGCGGAAUUGGUCGACUCUGCCACACAGUACACCCCGCAAAAAGAAUCUGCUAUUGGCACCAGUGAUCUCCCAAUUACUCUGGAUACUCCGCCUAAGACAAUAUGGGAUGGACCUAUCACCGAAAAGCACCAUCAGAACCAACCUGAGCUGGAAGAACCCCCAGCUUUGGCUAGGCCGGCUCCCUUGGAAUUGUGCAUCUCGCCGAUUGUAUCCGAAGCAACCGCACCCGUUGCUCCUACUGUUGAAAACGUAGAACAGCGGCCGCAAUCCACUCCUAAAUUAAAUAUCUCCGCAAUUGCUUAUGAGGAAACUCACCCUGUAGCUGUUCCUGCGAAGGCCACCUUGCCACCCAAACACUUGGAACUUGUGCUUUCGCCGAUCCAUACUGAGACAACUGAACCAUUGCAGCCAACAUCGCCAGAAGUUACUGAGAAGCCAAGCCUGCAGCUUCAGAUUUCGUCGAUUUUCACGGAAGAAACCGAGCCAGUGGAACCUCAACCAGCGCAAACCCAACCAUUGGGUGGGGCGGUAGCACAGCCCAGCCUAUUCCAAAAGCAUGAUGUUGACGAUGUUGAAGCGUUACCCGAAAGACCCAAUACUGCGGUGCAUAUCAACGGAGUUACGGAACAUUACAAUGUCGGUUUCAAAUCAGUGGAUGUCGGCACUGACCCCAUUUGUCCUAUUUAUCCACCAGCCGACGAGCCUGUGCAACAGAUCGAUAUCAAAGAAAAUAAAGAUAUUCCACCGCCAUUUGCCAACAAUGCUUUCAGUGAAAUUGUCCACAGCUUUGUUGCACCGCAGUCUCCAUCACCCGUCCCACAGAUUCAGGUUGCGACUACUGAGCAUGCAGCCCAGACAAUACUUACGGCAAUCCAGAUCGAUAUGCUUCUUUUGGAGCGCUCCUCUCGUGAACGUGCUCCUUCUGUGGGAACUGACUCACAUGACAAACCAUUGCAACAUUCUGCCCUCGUCGACAGAGCUCCCGGCUCUCCCUCUACACCCAAGGCGAGGCCUGUACAUACAACACUAAAGGAUUCGUUCCAGUCUCCCCAAACUAUUGUCAAACGCCCUGGAAGUGCUAGCAGCCAACGACGCGGUUCAGUGACGGCCAUUCCCCCAUUGCCCUCUGAUCAUAAACAAGCUAUUGCUGCUGCAACCCAACGGCUAUCCUUAGAAGCCCCUGCUCCUAGAACGAUGGGACCGCCACUCGCCCCUGCUUCUGCCUAUCGCACGAACGCCCAAACUCGUCCUCGUACUCCGAAUGAGCAAGCUUCAAGUCUCAAGGAUGGUGUCACGUCCCGUGUUCAUACUCGACGCAGUAGUCAAAUAUCGCGCCGCUCAUCAGCGUCCUCCUUCGCGUCAGAGCUUGAUGUACGGUUCAACAUUGGUAAAUCGGGAUACCCUUUCGAGUCUGGUACCGAUCCCCGUAUGAUCCAAGCGAUUACCCAGACCAUGAUCGGCGAGUUCCUUUGGAAAUACACGCGUAGGACUGGGCGAUCUGAUGUAUCAAGCAGUAAUCGCCAUCAACGGUAUUUCUGGGUCCACCCGUACACUCGAACUUUGUACUGGAGCGACCAGGACCCGCAGGCAGCAGGGAAAUCACAACACAAGGCAAAGAGUGUCGCAAUUGAAGCCGUUCGCGUCGUCAAUGAUGAUAACCCAUACCCUCCUGGAUUGCACCGCAAAAGUCUGGAGAUCGUGACUCCCGGCCGUGUCGUAAAGUUCACCGCGUCGACAAGCCAAAGGCAUGAAACGUGGUAUAAUGCACUGUCAUAUCUCCUUUUGAGAACUGCGGGCGAAGAGGCGGCGGCGGAACGUCGCGAUAACUUGAACUCUGACGACAUCAACGAAUUCAACCCAGAAUUUAGAUCAACGUCCCGCACGAGUAGAUCGCGCAUGUCCAUUGCCUCCCGAACCAGCCGGAAUGCACGAAGCUACUCAAAACAUUAUCCAGAGCCUACGCUAACCAUUCGACAUCCUGCGACACCUGGCCGUGUAUCCCCUGCCUUAUCCAACGAAGCGAACUCCGCCGCACGUCACGGUUCUGUAUCCCGCCUUAGCACGAUGUUUCGAAAUUCGGGCGUGCAAGGGACGUUCUCGAGCCGGCGGAGUAGGUAUGGGCACGCUAGGGCGAGUAUGGAUAGCACCGCCGCUGCGGAGCGGGAUAGCGCGGAAGAUUUGAGACAGGUUAUUGAACAACAGGAGAUGGAAGCUGAUCGGUUGGAGAAUGUGCGGGCGUGUUGCGAUGGCAAGCAUGAUGUUAGCUCCCUAUCAAGGACAAGCAGAUAUAGUUCCAAGGCCAGCCCCAACCCGCACAAGCACGGAUAGCUCGUUUAUAUCACCCAUCACUCCGACAUUAGACCAGUUGGCUUCCUCUCCAGCAAGGAUAAAAGCCUGUCCUAUCUUCCUACACGCCUGACGAAUUUCCUUGUCGGUAUAAUACUCUUCAUUUCCCCAUUUUGGCUGGUGCAUAAUUUUUCGUUUUCUGUCACCUCGUCCUCCUUUUUCCUUUUCGCGGUAUCGGGUUACAGAAAUUUCUGGAGGGGAAUCCACGUCUUAACUUUUAAAUGGAUAGAUUUAUUUGACAUGGGUUCUUUUUGCCUUGUUUUACAAUACCACCCAGGACACCGACAAAAAGGAAUAUUGGUAUACAAAUUGAAUCUGUCCCCGCUCCCGCCCCCGUCCCCGGCCCAGCAGGCGCAAACUCUCAGCUCUUAUUCGUCGUGGUUUUCUCUCUGUUUUCCUUUUCCUUUUCCUUUGCUAUCUCUUUUUGAACCUAGGCCCCCUUAUACUGUUGCAUAGGUUCCCGUUUGCUAUAUCUUUAUAUAAUAUCGUCGUUUUUUAUCUUCUCCCUGCCCUUCGCUCUCACCACUACCCGGGUAUAAUCACCCGCGAAACUAUUCACUUUUCCUUGAUUUUUCCUUUGUCUAUAUUACCAUGUUCUCGUGCCCGCCCCUAUAGCUCUUCUCCUUGUCUUUUCCUCCCGGAUCACUAAAUAGCUACUACUAUUGAAACAAUCCAAUAACGAGUUCCAUCGCGCCCUGCCUGUUUUCUGAUUUUUAUUUUCUCUUUUGUUUAUUUUCCUUUAUUUUCUAAAUAUUUUGUUUUCAGGAAUGAGAUAACUUCCAACCCCCUUUUUUCCUUUUUUUCCUUCUUGUCCUUUUUGUUCCUAGUGUCACUUUAAUGAGAAGCUAAUCAUAUACUGUUUCCCCCCCUUCUUCUUGAGGGAGGGAGCUGUAAGCCUUUUUUUUUCCCCUUUUUUUGGCUAUCAUUUUGUGAAUUACGUUGGUAUUAAGUAAUUGGUCGUAAGUUGAAUAUGAAAUGCUUCUGGAAC